GUUGACGUUGGGCCAAGCCUGGACACCGCUUUAGACAGCUGUUCUUGAGCACCACCGACAGCACGGUUCUUCGCAUUUCAUGACAAUGGAUGGCGACAGUUCUACCACAGAUGCGUCGCAGCUAGGGAUUUCUGCGGACUACAUCGGAGGGAGUCACUACGUGAUCCAGCCUCACGACGAUACAGAAGACAGCAUGAACGAUCACGAAGACACGAACGGUUCAAAAGAAAGCUUCCGAGAACAAGACAUUUACCUUCCCAUUGCGAACGUGGCCAGGAUAAUGAAGAAUGCCAUACCUCAAACCGGGAAGAUUGCAAAGGAUGCCAAAGAGUGUGUUCAGGAGUGUGUGAGUGAGUUCAUCAGCUUCAUCACGUCGGAGGCCAGCGAGCGGUGCCACCAGGAGAAGCGGAAGACGAUCAACGGGGAGGACAUCCUCUUCGCCAUGUCCACCCUGGGCUUCGACAGCUACGUGGAGCCCCUGAAGCUGUACCUUCAGAAGUUCCGAGAGGCCAUGAAGGGUGAGAAGGGCAUCGGCGGCGCCGUGACGGCGGCGGACGGACUCGGCGAGGAGCUCACGGAGGAGGCCUUCACUAACCAGUUACCAGCUGGCUUAAUAACGGCGGACGGCCAGCAGCAGAACGUUAUGGUUUACACAACGUCCUACCAACAGAUUUCUGGUGUUCAGCAGAUCCAGUUCUCCUGAUCGGGAGGGAGAAGAGCGAGCGUGCGGGACGCGGCCUGCGGCUCCGGCAGCCGUCGGAGCAGGGCGGCACCGAUGUCUCUUUGUAAAUUAAGUAGCUGUAAUGUAGCUUCCUGAUGCUUGACUAAUUGAGGUGUUAAUUCUGACUUGAAAAUCUUUUUCACGAAUGAUUUUAAAGAAAAAUUUGGAUUUUAAAGGUAUUAAAAUAUUUUUGUUUUGUACGAGAGUGUUGCUCUGUAUGACGCCUGUAUGCAUUGUAUAUUGCAAUUUAUUACUGUCAGAGAUUUGUAGACAGUUUCUUAUUUUCAUAUUGAAUCAUGUUACUUUUGUAAUUCAAGUAAGCAGCUGGGUUAAUUCAUGAUGUUUACCCUUUUAAUAAAAAAAUAAGGGUAGAGUUCAUUUUGAAUGCAAGUUGCCUUUAUUAUAAAUUCGACUUUGUCUUGGCGCUGUAAUAUCUUGCAUGAUAACCUUGCUAGAUUUUUAGCAUUUGCUGUAUUUAUUAAAGUUACUUUUUUGGGUAAAACAUCAUAGUUUAAGCAGCACCAUUUUUUAAGAAAUGUAAUCGGCCGAGUGUGAUGCGGAAGCGAACGCCGUCUGCCCUGCUCUGCCCCCGCCGCCCGGGCGUGGCGUCGCCGUCCUCGUCGCGGGUCCUGGAGCUUCCGGUAACGCUAGAUUCGCUUUCAGUUACAUCCCUGCCAGUGCUGGAGUUUGUUUCCGUUUCGCGUAGCCCUGGCGCUCCUGAGACGGGGCCCUGCACCUGGUGUUUCUUCAGAGCGCGGCGUCAGUAUUACCGCGCCCUCUCCUGAAGAGGGGUUCAGUCUGCAGGGGAGCAUCCUCGUUUUCCCUCUCGCCGGAGACACCAGGUUUCCUGGGACGCUGUCCUCGCGUGUACAGACCUUUCGCACAGACGUGUGAGCAGCGUGGAGACGCGUGCGUGCUGUGGGUGAGGUGGAGGCCGCCAGCUUCUAGUGUGCCGUCAUGAUCUUUGCAAUAAACUCAACCUAGAUAAUGUCACUUUGUAUAAUUUAGCAGUGUGCUUGGGGUGUUCCUUUUUUAAAGUGAGAAUUUGUAUUUUCUCAUCUGUUCUUUGGGGUGACAACCUGAGGAGUUUUUAAAUUUAAUAUCGAAAACGGCUGUUGUGUCGUUUGCCUAGAGGGAAGCUUGAGUGGCUGUCACCUGUCCACACCGCCACUUCCAGAUGUGGCCUGAACAGAAGCUGUCGCUUUGCUGCAGGAGCCCUGGGAGCACGGGCCCAUCUGAGGCCGUGACUGCCCUCCCACCCCUGUGGAAAAUCCGUAAUGCAGGAAACUAGUAGGAAGAGCGCCAGUUAGGCAGAAUCCACGGUCAUCCUGCUAUGUUGAAAUAACCAAUGUUAAUAUUUUGAUAAAUACCAUUUGUCCUGUUACUUUGCAAAAUAUGUAUAUUUUUAUAAGAAUGGGCUCAUUGUGCAUACUGUUUUGUAACCUGCUUUUUCACUCAACAAUAUAUUGUGAGCCUGCUUCCCAGGUCCUGCUCGUCUUCUGCAUCUUUUUUGUUGGUUUAUUAUUCUGUUGUAUGACUGAAUCAUAAUUUAUUUGUCUACUGGAGAUUUUUGACUAUUUAUAUCUUUUCACAGUUAUAAACAACACUUCACUGAC